GCUAACUUUAUUUUCGCUGCGCACACCGAACACGCGAAAACCCUAUUUGGCGCGCGCUUUGAAAAACAAUGACGAAACACCGAGUUGAGCCAAUCACGCGCCAAAGGUGCCUCUUGUAUUCUAAUGAGCUGUUCUUAUAUGGUGCGGCCCCGCCCCCUGCUGCUCCACGACAGUCCCACGGGGAUCUCCGCAGCCCUGGACCCGGGGAGAAGGAGCUAUCCUCCGGGACAGAGGAGCCAUAAAGUGCCGGGGAGGGAGGGGGUGAGUUCUGGCUGCCCGCUCCUCCUUCUCCCCCGGGAGCCGCCGCUCCCCGCUCCGUCCCUCCCUCUUGUUUGCUAAUCAUUUCAUUUUACUCCUUUUUGAAGGCAGCUCCGUUUUUUUAUUCCACUUUUCAUUUUUCCACAAUCCGCGCUGCUCGCCUGCCUCUGAUCCCGGCUCUCCCGCUCCGUUCUCCCGGCACUCCGGAUCCCGGCUGGUUCCCCUCCUCCUCCUUCUGUCCUCCUCCGAGAUGCUGUCCCUGCUCUCCGCUCUUUUCUCAGCCCUCCUUUAACUUCAGAGACGUUUUAAAGCACCGGACCGGGCUGGGAUCUAAAACAAGCCCGAAAAAACCCAGAGGACUCCGGGGCUCUUCUUUGGAUCAGGACCCGGUGGUCCUUUGGCUGCUGGAGUUGCUGCUGGAGGAUUAUUCUUCGUCUUUCUGGUUUCUGCUGAAGACAAAGAUCCCAGAAGGACGUUUUGAUGUUCUCCAUCCAGGACAGCCUCCCCCGGGGGGCCCUGACCAUGAAGGAGGAGCCGCUCCCCACCGGCAUGACCCCGGUCCGAUCCUGGAUGCAGGGCGCAGGGAUUUUGGACGCAAACACAGCGGCCCAGAGCGGUGUGGGAUUAGCUCGAGCUCACUUUGAGAAGCAGCCUCCGUCCAACCUGAGGAAGUCCAACUUCUUCCAUUUCGUGCUGGCGCUGUAUGACCGGCAGGGCCAGCCAGUUGAGAUCGAGAGGACGUCGUACGUGGACUUUGUGGAGAAAGACAAGGAGUACAACGGAGAGAAAACUAACAACGGGAUCCACUACCGCCUGCAGCUCCUCUACAGUAACGGCAUCAGGACAGAACAGGACCUGUAUGUCCGGCUCAUUGACUCCAUGACCAAACAGCCCAUCUUGUACGAAGGUCAGGACAAGAACCCCGAGAUGUGUCGCGUCCUGCUGACCCAUGAGAUCAUGUGCAGUCGGUGCUGCGACAAGAAGAGCUGUGGAAACCGCAACGAGACCCCGUCUGACCCCGUCAUCAUUGACAGAUUCUUCUUGAAGUUUUUCCUCAAAUGCAACCAGAACUGUUUGAAAAAUGCAGGAAACCCUCGAGACAUGCGACGGUUCCAGGUGGUGGUGUCCACUACAGUCAACGUGGAUGGUCACGUCCUGGCCGUGUCAGACAACAUGUUCGUCCACAAUAACUCCAAACAUGGCCGCCGUGCUCGUCGCUUGGACCCGUCUGAAGCAGCCACGCCCUGCAUCAAAGCCAUCAGUCCCAGUGAAGGCUGGACGACCGGCGGCGCCACAGUGAUCCUGAUCGGGGACAACUUCUUUGAUGGGCUGCAGGUGGUCUUCGGGACCAUGCUGGUGUGGAGCGAGCUGAUCACGCCUCACGCCAUCCGAGUCCAGACCCCCCCUCGGCACAUCCCCGGGGUCGUGGAGGUCACGCUGUCCUACAAGUCCAAACAGUUCUGCAAAGGAGCACCGGGACGCUUCGUCUACACCGCCUUGAACGAGCCGACCAUCGACUACGGCUUCCAGAGGUUACAGAAGGUCAUCCCUCGUCACCCUGGAGACCCCGAGAGGUUACCAAAGGAAGUUCUGCUGAAGCGAGCUGCUGACCUGGUGGAAGCGCUGUACGGGAUGCCCCACAACAACCAGCAGGAGAUCAUCCUGAAGCGAGCGGCCGACCUCACUGAGGCCCUCUACAGCGUUCCACGCAGCCACAACCAGCUGCCGUCCCUCACCGGCUCUGCUGCUCACUCAGGAAUGAUGGGCGUCAACUCCUUCAGCAGCCAGCUGGCUGUCAACAUCUCUGAGGCCUCCCAGGCCGACCAGGGUUAUUCCCGUAACUCAAACAGCGUGUCUCCCCGUGGAUACGUCCCGAGCUCUACGCCUCAGCAGUCCAACUACAACACCAUCACGUCCACCAUGAAUGGGUACGGCGCCGGCAUGACCAACCUGGGAGUACCCGGGUCCCCCGGAUUCCUCAACGGAUCCACUGCCAACUCCGCCUACGCAAUCAAACAGAAGAGCGCCUUCGCCCCCGUCGUCAGGCCGCAGACCUCCCCGCCCCCCACCUGCACCACCGCCAAUGGCAGCAACCUCCAGGCCAUGGCUGGACUCAUCGUGCCCCCCAUGUGAGGAAAGACCCGACUACUCCUGAACCUCCACCGACCACAGAGCGAUCUGUCCCAGCAUCCCUCACACGGACCUGCCCAUCUAGAUCAGAACCACCACCCAUCAGAGAUCUCCCACCAGCCCUCAGAGUCAUGCGCCCCCUGCUGGACACUGCAGGUCUCAGCAGCACCGCCUCUCAGGACGUCUGCGUUUCCAGCGGUUCUGUUCAUCUGAGACAUCAGAAGGCUUGGAUGAGAACAGAAUUGUCUCAGAUCAGUUAGAACCAGCAGGCGGGUCCGGGUCCACCGGGAGCUUUGGUUUCCCUUGAAGAUGAGAGAAGACAUCCCAAAAUGAAAUAACACAACCCUCUCAGAAGAAUCAGCUGCAGGUUUUUCAGCACCAGAUUUUAUUUGCUUCUGCUAUGAAAUGAAAAUGGGGAAAAUGAAACUUUUUCUACUUGAACAGAAACAUUUGCUGUUUAGGUUUCAGAAACACGUUGAAGUCAGUGAAGAAAAAAAUGAAAUGCCUAAUGAGGAAUUAGAUUUGGAAGCUGCUGUGUCUUUAUAAAGUGAUCAAGAAUAAGAAACCUCCUGAGGCCCGGAGCGUGAUGGCUUUCAGAGCCAUAAUAGCUCAUUCAGUUCAACUUAACUCUCUUGUUCAUUUUAUUGGGCUUGGAUUGACUUUACUUUUUGCUUUCUGUUCAGAAAAGGUUCAACCUUUAAUUUCACACAUUUUUUCAGUUAUUACAUUUUAAAGAUUUCAGAUUAUCUUUAUGACUGCGAGUCUUAUUCAUCUGAAAUAGAGGGAGUUGUCAAAGUACGCCAACAGAGCUCUGGUCUCAGGAGGUUCAGAAGAUUAGAAAACAUACAAACAUGCAAAUAUAUAAAUAUUAGAGAUACGUUUUUAUAAUUUAUUUUUUAAUGUCUUGAUCCAAAAUUUGCAGAAAUUCACUCAAUUAAAUUUUACAGUUUAGGAGAAAUGCAGCACAAGUGGAAAAUCUGCCACUUUAACCCUCAAUGUUUAUGUUUAUGUAUUUAGCAGACGCUUUUGUCCAAAGUGACUUGCACGAGAUAAUGAAGCCAGAAGGUUGCCUUUGAGGCUAACAACAAACACUAAUCACUAAUCUAAUGUCCAAGUUUAUUCUAUUUAUAUAUCUGUUAUUUAUUUGGAGCAAUAAGGGUUACAAUGAAAAGUAAACAAUUUCAGUUUGUUUACAGCUGGGACAAUGGGACUAGUAGUCUUCCAGCUGGCUGAACUGGAGGUUCACUUUUAAAACAGAAGUCAUUUUUAAUGAAACUUGUCUCUUUUUUGUGUUUUCCUGUUCUGGUUCUAAAUGUUCCAUCUUCCAGGCUGAUUUCAUUUUUUAAAACUGUUUUAUGAAAACGUUUAACUUUAGAAGCAGCAGCUGAGGUUUUGUUUGGGCUGAUGGUUCCCCUCCUCCUCUAACAAGCAGGACUCAUCAACUAGCUGAUGGACUGGAUCUGUUCCUGCAGGAGCCAAAGCUCUCCGUGGACCAAAUCGGACCUAAUCCAAGCACCAGGAGAAAUUAUUUUCAUCAAAUCUGGAAAAAAAAGAAAAGAAACCGUCAGACGGCUUCUAGUUUGUAAAGAUUUGGAUCCGAACUUCCUUUUAAACUGUGAACAGCAGUUUUGAAACCUUUGAGCAUUAUUUUCUGUAUCAUAACUUCAAACGAUAUUUGUGUCGUGUUCUGAGAUGAAAGAAGAGACGAGCAAACGAACGUUUCUGUAAAAAGUGGAGAUGACCCGGUUCCUUGGUUUCCUUUUCUUUCGCUCAUUCUGAACCCAAGCAGCGGUUCUGUUCUGUUCUGCCAGUGCAUCCUGUUGAGUUCUGUUUGGUUCUGUUCUGCCGGUGUGUUGAGUGGUAGCUUUUAGUUUUUCCUACAUUCCGGUACCAGAUUCUUCCGUUUUUUUGUUCUGAUUGUGGUUUUUUGUAUUUAUGAAGUCCGUUCCUUCUGGGUGAUAGUCUCAGAUCUAUAUGUAAACACAUUUGAUGUCUUAAUACCUUUUAGAUAUUGUAAAAAGACUAAAAAAGUCAGAAGAAAUAAUCUCUUUUGUAAAAACAGAAAAAGCCGUCAUGAUGAGCGUUUUGAAAGCGAGACGUAAAACGAAGCUUUCAUCACUUUUGUAUAAAAUGUUUUUCCGAUAUUUAACUUUUUGUAAGCAGCAUCGUUUGUGUUCUGGUUCUUCUUGUCCUUUGUGUAUUAUUGUGAAACGUAUAAUCACACUUAUUACUUGAUGCACUAUUUCUGUUCGAGCACUAAAGUGAGGAAUCAGUAAAAACAGCAAAAUGCACAGAUGUUCAUGAUCUCCAUCAUGAUAUAUUUUAUAUCGACGUUACAAAAACCCUCCAUCAGAACCUUUUGGAUUCUAUAUGACCCAUCCUAAGUUCUGACCCGAUGUGAAACCCACGUGAUUUUAAAGUCAGCUGAUUUCUAAAACCGCUGAUGUGAAAGAAACUUCCACUGAUGAUGAUGUUGAUGAUGAUGGUGGUGUUUGUAUCCUUGUUACCGAUCAGGUCGGGAUGCAGCUGUGUUCUGGUUCUGUUCCACUGUGGAGCAAAGCUAGUUUGGUUUCUGUUUUCUAGUUUCAUCUGUUCAGGUUUCCUGUGAAAGAGAGAAAAAAGGUUUAAGAUAUUUUAAUUGAAAAAUCUUAAUUUAAUAGCAGAGAAAAAUAAAAACUAGAGUGUGAAUUUAUGUCUUAUAAUAUUUUAUUUGUGGAAGAAAUUAUUUGAAAUGAACAGGAGUGAAAAUAAAAAAGAUAGUUUUUUUUCCCAUCAGAGGAAUAAAAUCAACGAAGCUGUUGCAGGAGUUGGACUGUUCUCAAUAUCAGGAAAUCUAUCGUACAAAUUCCUAAAAAAAUGUUUUUCCAAUAAAACCGAUGUGUCUGGAGCAGAUCUGACAUGAAAACUGGUUUCAGAAACUGGUUGUGAAUCAGUGUGAAUCCAGCAAAGACCUUCAUGUUUCAGCUCUUUAGCUGGACCUGGACACUCCCACUCGCUUCCUCCAACCUGCUUUAGUUUGUUUUCACCGUCACCGUCAUAAAAACCUUCUCACCUUCCUCUUUACGUUCAACUUUAAGGUCAACAUGUUUUACUUGGGUGUGAAAGAGGGCAGAAGCACCACAACUUUGUGAAAUAUGAAAUAUAUCAUCAAAGUAUAUUAAAGCACAAUGUUUAAUUAACUCAUGUGUUUCAGAUUCAGAUGGGGGGCUGUCCCCCCACCGCUCUUUGGUUUCUGUCUCUGGCCAUGCUGUAAAUAGAUGCAUGUGUUUUGUUUCAGUUGGUUUUAAUGUGAUCCAGUGCUUUUUGUACAGAAACAUUCUAAUAAAGAUUACAUUUGGCUUGAA